AUGGGACGAAACUUAAUACAACCAUCGGUGGUUUCGGCUCCAGUCUCAACAAAUAUGAUUAUUGAUUCACCAACUGUACCUAUACAAAAUGGACUUUCGUCCAAUAAAAAACGUACACAUUAUCAAACAAAUAUUAUUUCAAAUUCUGUUGCACCUUCACCUGUGCCUUCUACACCGGCCGCUCUUGCUGCUAAACCUUUACUUCAUAAGGUAGUUCAACAAGUGGAAGGUAUUUAUCAUGUACAAGGUAUUCAACAAGUUCAAAAUAUUCAAGAAUUAGAAGAUACUCAACAAGUCUCAGGUGAUUCACAAGUUCAAGGUGCUCUAUCUUCAUCUCAUCCACAACAGAUUUCAAUCACUACUGAAUCUACUCGUUAUGCACAAACACGUUAA